UUUAUUCUGGCUGUUUUCCGCGACCCGCUUGAAUAGCCAUGUGUUGCGCUAGCAGCGCCUCAGAAUCACUUGCUCCUGCAACAUGUACCACAAGACACGCGCGCAAACCGCUCUAAACAGCAUCCCCCAACUAUAAAACAACUCCGAAAUCACGAUGGCCGUGAUGGCGAACCACAAACUUUGGAGAGCCGUGGAUUAUUUUGGAGCGCUUCUUUUGUCACUGGAUGAGCAGCACCGGGUGACAGACAGACUCAUGGCAUCUUAAGUGAAGUGAGCAGUAAUGGAUUCGCUCUACAUCGCCAUUGAGCUGGUGAUCGCGGUGCUGUCCAUCGCCGGUAAUGUGCUGGUGUGCUGGGCAGUGGCCAUCAACUCUACGCUCAAGAACGCCACCAAUUACUUUCUGGUGUCGCUGGCCGUGGCUGACAUUCUGGUCGGCUGCCUUGCCAUCCCCUUUGCCAUCACUAUAAGCAUCGGUCUGUGGUCAGACUUUUACGGAUGCCUUUUCCUGGCCUGUUUCGUUCUGGUACUGACUCAAAGUUCAAUAUUUAGUCUUCUAGCGGUUGCCAUAGACAGAUAUCUGGCGGUCAAAAUCCCCCUGAGGUAUAGGGAGCUGGUCACAGGUAAAAGGGCGAGAGAGAUCAUCACCAUUUUAUGGAUUCUAUCCUUCAUCAUUGGACUAAUUCCCUUUGUGGGCUGGAACCGUAAAGAUUUGGCCUGCUCCAGAAACAAGAGCGGCUCUCUACAGACUAGCAACAGCAGCGAUGACGAUGCUGCGGAGACGGAAACAGGCUUUUUGCAAAGCUGCUACCUUGAGUGUUUCUUCGAGAAAGUGGUGGACAUGAGUUACAUGGUCUACUUCAACUUCUUUGGUUGCGUUCUGCCGCCUCUCCUCAUCAUGCUGGGAAUCUAUGCCAAGAUCUUCACAGUGGCUCGCAAACAGCUCCGUCAGAUCGAGUUGAAGUGCAGCGUGAGCAAUGGCGAGAAUCAACAUCACGGUCUGCUGCAGCGGGAGAUCCGUGCCGCCAAAUCGCUGUCCAUCAUCGUGGGUUUGUUCGCUCUCUGUUGGCUGCCCGUGCACAUCUUAAACUGCCUCACGCUCUUUUAUAGUGAGCUGAAAAAGCCCAGCUUCAUCAUGAACAUUGCCAUUAUCCUGUCGCACGCCAACUCCGCCGUCAAUCCCAUCAUCUAUGCGUACCGCAUUCGGGAGUUCAGAGUCACUUUUAGGAAGAUUCUGAACAGGCAUAUUCUUUGCCAACGGGACGAGUUGUAUCGCAGCUCCAAUGGAAGCAGCAGUAACAGAGACCAGAUCACAAUGACUAUUGACCCUCUGCUAUAGACGCCGGUGUCAGAUAUAUGAGAGAAAUGUUUACAGAACAAAAGACCUGCAAACAGCAUAAUCAUGUAUUGAGACGGUGACUUCAUGUACAGAGGGGAAAUAAGUAUUGAACAUGCACCAUUUUUCUCAGAAGACACCGGAUGUUAGUAAUAAUUCGUAAAAUAAUCAAUAUAUGCAAAGAAAUCCAAAUUAAUAAAGUUAUGUGUAAGAAUAUGAAAUGACACAGGAAAAAAGUAUUAAACAUGUGAAGAAAGGGAGGUGUAGAAAGGCAUGGAAAGCCCAGACAGCAGCUCUCGUUUUUUUAACAACCUUCUGCUUUUUGUCAGUGUAUAUUAAUAAUAGCUGCUUUAGUCUAACAUCUAUGAAACCAGGGUGGAUAUUUCAGCAAGGUAAUGAUCCAAAACACAGCCAAGGAAACUCAAUUGGUUUCAGAGAAUGAAAAAUUGCGCUUUAGAAUGGGCUAGCCAAUCACCUGACUCAAAUCCAAUUGAAAAUACAAAAUAAAGAUUUGAUAGAAUCAGACAGAACCAUCAAAAUGUUUACAAAAACUCACAACUGAGCAAUGUAUGUGACUUCAUUCUCCAUAUGAGAGUAGUCUUUAAGCUGCCAUCAAAAAAAAGCCUUUUUAGAAAAAAAGCCUUUAUAGAAAAAAUGAAAUACGUUUCAGUAGUUCAGUACUUUUUUCGUUGUGUCAUUCCAGUGUUAUCACACAUAAAUAUUUAUUGGUUUUAUUUUUAUGCUUGUAUUGUUGUUUUGUUUUUUAAUCAUAAUUUGGCUUAACUCCAUGUCAACAGCUUCAUUAGAAAUAUUAUUCCUAGGAAAAAAAAAACUUGACUUGUUCAAUAUUUACUUCCCCCACUGUAUAUGCCACUAUCCUAAAGAUCCCAUGUGACAUUGUGGACACAUUGUCAGGAUUCAACUGUGAAAAAAUAGAUGCUAUUAAACUGUGGAAAUAUUUAUAAUUAACUUUUAAAAGCACUAACAGGCUUGAGGCUUGUAGUACACACCGAGACAGUUUUCGCUUGCACUAAUCAUCAGCGUUUUGAUACUUCAUCAGCGUUUUGAUACUUUUUUUUCACACCAAAACCCCUCCCUAAUAUUAAAUGGAACGUAAUGAACUUGCAAGUCAUGAAGGAAAAAUGAAAUUAAACUCAUCGUUGAAUCCUAUUUGAUCUAUUUGGAUCACAUUGGCACCCUUUGAUUAGUCAGGAGGGGUUAAACCUCGGUGAAAAGCUUCCUGGUGUGUACGAGCCUUUAAACAGCAACCUUAGGUCAAACUAAAAGCUUAAAAAGCUGAAAGCUAAGAGUGUUCAGGUGAAGUGUUGAACCAUGAAUUGAACCAUAUAUACAAGAAGAUCCUCUUGAACAAUAAAACAGUAAUUACGGG